AUGUUGAAGAGGAGUCGUGUAGAGCUCCGUCUCGUUUUUCGCGUUGUCGCCGGCGGCGGCGGCCAAAGCGAUGAUGGCGAAGACGGCGGCGAACAACUCCAUGUCUUCGGCGACUGAUAAUCAACCAUUCCUGCACCCCUACUUUUAUUCCGAUCCUCUUUAAUUGACUUUUGAGAACCUUCCGAAGUGCCCUUGAGAAAGGAAGAGAAGAAAAAAUCGUUCUUAAGAGAGAGAACAAAAGGAUUGUUGAGAAAAUGUGUGAAGAGUUUGGAAAAAAUGAAGUUCUAAUUUAGAUAAUUUAUACACCUUUCAGGUAAACUUGAUGGAAAAAAAAUACUUUUCGGUUUUUUAAGGCUUUUUCAGGACCCCUUUAGUGCGCUCUUCAAGGGGUCCUUGAGGAACCUCUAUAGUAAAAUUUUCCCAGUAUAGACAGAUCCUAAGAACUUAGGAACUCCAGAGGGUUUCUAUAGGGGCAACAUUAAGGCCACUUUACCAACCCCUAAGGGCCACUAACGCUUGCAAAAGUGGUCCCUCUAGGGGUUUUAGUUAUUGGCCACUAUAGGGGAAAUGCUAGUCGAUAACCUCUGAACAAAACAUCGUUUUUAAAUUAAAUUGAAAGACCCCUAUAGGACCCAUUUGACUGAAGAUGUAAGGGGACUCUGAAACCCUAUAGGGACCACUUUUUCGGCCCAUCUACGUGCUGUUUUCUACCCUUACCCCUAUAGGGAUCACUCUGGAAUUUUUGAAAUUUUCGGCCACUUCCAUUUUUUUUCCCUGUUUUAUUUAGAAAAAGUCCUUUAACAAGUUUCUUACAAAAUUUUUGAGUCCAUUUUGAGAGCUUUGAAACAAAUUUCGCGAAAAUUCUGCAAAACUUUAUACAAACUAGUUGGUUUUUUGAAGAUAAAAGAAUGGAAAAGUUGUAGAUAAAGGAAAAAUCCAGGUUAUUGCCAAAUUUUCACAUUUUUCGCCAUAGUUCACUGUUUUCAAACUCCUUUUUAUUUUUCAAAAAAACAAGUCUACAAGGCUACAGAGUUUUGACCAAUUUCCGUCCGAGUUUUUGACCUCGGCGCCAAAAUGCGUUAUUGUCAUCCUUUUUUCUAUUGAUUUUCUGCUUUUUUUUUUACGUCCUUGUGCAAUCGAUCACUUUAUCACGUUUGUUUUCUGUUUUUUUCAAGUAUUUUUUUGAGUUUUCAGGAUUAGCCGUGUUAAAUUUCAGAUUUCAUGCCAUUUUUAGAGAAAAACGUAGCUAUUUUUUUCUCAUGUAGACGAGUUUCAAAGGAAGUAUAAAUAAUCGAUUUUAUUUUCAAUUUCUGAAGGUGGAACAUUAUUGGAAACGAGAAGUAGACGUUUUAAAGUGGGAGGAAUCGUUUUUUAUCGUUUUUUAGACUUUUUUUUUCGUUGAAUUUUCGGAAACGAUACCUUUUUGAAAAUGAUCAUUUGUGUUCAGAAGCCGUACCGACGAGAAGAAGCGUUUGACUUCGGCUUUUUUUUCCGACCUUAAGGAGGGAAUGAAAAUAAAAACGAGUAGACGAGGUUCUCCAAGGUAUGAAAUAACUUCAAAAAAAAAGCUGUCCUUAUCAAUUUUGCAUUGCAAUUUCGAGCUGUCAAAAAGCGUUUGGAAAACCUUUUCGAAAAAAAUAAAUUUGCGCCGAAAUGGACAGGCCCAAAGUAUCUUACUUGGGGGUUGCAGAUCUCGAAGAUUGUUUUGUUCUUUCAAUCCUAAUCACGAGUUUAUUCAAUUUUAUUCUAGAGAGGCAAGGUUUCAACUACUCUGUUUGUGCUUGUUUGGCGCUUCACGAAAAUUUUUUCUUAAUGAAAUGGAUCGAGUUAAAAAUCUGAAAUCUCAUGAAAUUGACGUUCAAGUUAGUGCUGCUCUGUAAUUUUCAAGAUGGUUUCUUGUUCUUUACAAAGCUUCUUGGAUCAAUCCACGAAACUUUUGACUCUGAAGUUGUGCUCCUUUCAAAGUGAUUAAAAAUGUGUGCUUUUUUGGUUGAUUCUUGAUAAUUAUAGGUCAUUUUCAGACCGAUGAUGCUGAAGAUCUACGCCGAGGAUGCUUCUUGACAAGGACGUCGCAGAUGGAACAUCUGCGACAAGGGCUGAAGGAUCGUUCGUGCUCAAGACGAGAAAAGACGCUGAUUAGAGCUCAAGGACCAGCCGAUCACGUUUGCUUUGACUUCGGAAUCGACUCCUCUCCAGCAGAUAUUCAGCACCAGCUUGACUCGAAGGUUGUGCCUCGUACAAAGUGACUCCGUGGUUUUUUCUCGGCAAUCUUGUGAAAUAGCGAUAUUUUGCAAUGUUUCCCGAGUGAAAAAAGCAUCAUUUCGAGGCCAAACUUGUAGUCGCUUCAAAAAAAAGAAAGUGUUCGGGGUGUACGAGCCCCUUUGCCACCAACGAACAUAAAUUCUUGAAGAAGCGCGCCAGGAAACGGACGCCACCAGAUCGAUCGUUGGUGACGUCCACACCCGGCGCUGUACUCCAAGAGUCUCUGCAAGUUGGGAGGCAAAUGCUUGGCUGGGAUUCGAACCCGAGUCUCCAGAUCGAGGGACGAGUUGCCUCGCCACUCUACCAAGCCCGCACGUUCGUUCCACAGGCAUCGGCGCCACAUACCGCCGUUGGUCCCGUGUGUUUGCUUGGGCCAAGAGGCAGAGGCGCCGUUUGAUCUCCUGCCCGACUCUAGUUUGGACUCGGCGCCAAAACAUUGCAUCAUUCUUCCAUCGCCUUCCAUGGCCUUCUAGAACUUCUUUUUUGCGUCCCUUUCUUUUUGCUUCAUUUUUACAUUUAUUUAAUAAUAUUUAAAUCUCUUUUAGAUUAAUCAUUGAUUUUUUUAAGAAUAUAGCGACUUGAUAUUUAGCUUCUACCAAUCAAUUUUCAUUUAUUUGAAAGCUUAAAAAGUCAUCAGCGGCUCAUUUCACUAUGCAAAUAUGAGUUAAUAGUUUUAAAACAAAUUUUCAAAAAUGCGUAUUACGGUGUGCGAGUCCGCAUUCAACAAACUUCACCGUGCUUGAAAAGAAGCAUCGCAAAUGACGACAUUUGUUCAAAAUUUUUACUUUUCGUUCUACUGAAUUUUUUUUUAUUUUUUAUUUUUGUUUAAUUGAACGUAGUGAAUGAAUUUUCGAUGAUAGUCGCUUCUAAUCGUAUUGAAAUUUUAUAUUUGCGAAAAAAUUUUUCUCGGCGUUCCGAUAUAUCAAUCAAUUUUCCGUGGAACUUGUGGUACCUGGAAGACUUCUGCGACAGCAUUUUUACUCUGACAGAAAUUCAGCUGAGUUUCUUAUACCUCAAGAUAUUGAAUGAAAUUUCAGGGAUUGACAUCUUGCUUCUUUUCUCAGUCAGUCAUGUCAUCGAACUCGAAGAUCACAUGGAAAUGAAGAUAUCACAUAAAAAUGAAGAUAAGUUUCUUUUCCACAUUUCCUCCAGCCAUUUAUUUCCGUUAAAAUUCUCUUUAGUUCCACUUCAUCCUCUAUGAAAACACCUUUUUCCAAAUAAUUUUGGACGCUCUCAGGGCUACCCAAGAUCUAGAACUUCUUAAAACGUUUGAAAAGAUCAAAAUUAGGUAUUUAUUGUUAAUUUAUCCAUGUGUUAAAGGGGUAGAAGCUCUUCUGGGGGAGGCCUCUGGCCGGCGUACCGAGGGCCGUUGAUCGCGGCGGCAAGAGCAACGACGAUGGCGAAGACGGCGACGAACAGCUUCAUGUCUUCGGCGACGGUUGUUUUCCUCCGUCCCUAG